UUGGAAAUAAACAAGGCCUAGGCUGAAGCAGAGAGCACCUGCACCAUGGCUCAGCUGCGGCUGCUGCUCGCCGCGGCCAUGGUCGCCGUCGCCGCCGUCUGCUCCGCCUCCGCCGGGUUCGAGUUCGAGGAGGCCACCGUCGACGCCAUCCGGCACGGCUUCAAGAGCGGCCGCCUCACCUCCAAGCAGCUCGUCCUCUUCUACCUCGACCGCAUCGCCCGCCUCGACCCGCUGCUGCGCGCCGUCCUCGAGGUCAACCCGGACGCGCUCGCGCAGGCGGCGCGCGCCGACGCCGAGCGCGCCGCGGGCCACCGCCGGAGCUGCGGGCCGCUGCACGGCGUGCCCGUCCUCCUCAAGGACAACGUCGCCACGCGCGACCGGCUCAACACCACGGCCGGCUCGCUGGCGCUGCUGGGCUCCGUCGUCCGCCGCGACGCCGGCGUGGCGGCCCGCCUCCGCGCCGCCGGCGCCGUCAUCCUCGGCAAGGCCAACCCCUCCGAGUGGUCGCACUUCCGCGACACCGCCGUCCCGAGCGGCUGGAGCGCCCGCGGCGGCCAGACGCUGAACCCGUACGUGCUGUCGGCCGACCCGUGCGGGUCGAGCAGCGGUUCGGCGGUGGCGGCGGCGGCGAACUUGGCGGCGGUGACGCUGGGGACGGAGACCGACGGGUCGAUACUCUGCCCGGCGUCGAAGAAUUCGGUGGUCGGGAUUAAGCCGACGGUGGGGCUGACCAGCCGGGCCGGCGUCAUCCCCAUCUCCCCUCGACAGGACACUGUUGGUCCAAUAUGUCGUACAGUGUCAGAUGCUGUCCAUGUGUUGGAUGCAAUUGUUGGGUAUGAUGCACUUGAUGCUGAAGCCACUGGAGCCGCAUCCAAAUACAUCCCUAGGGGAGGAUAUGGACAGUUCUUAAAGAUGGAUGGAUUCAGGGGCAAGAGGAUUGGUAUUCUCAAUGGCUUUUUCGUAAAACCAUAUGGGAAGAAACAGCUGGACGUAUACCAAAAACACAUUGCAGAAAUGAGGAAACAUGGAGCCACGGUGAUAGAGAACAUCGAGAUCGUGGAAAAUCUGAACGAAACGACAAAGAUUCAUCUUUGGAGCAUAGAUCUUGUCCUAAUGCAAGCAGAGUUCAAGUUAAGCCUGAAUGCUUAUCUGUCAGACUUGCUCUACUCCCCAGUUCGUUCCCUUGCGGAUGUCAUAGCAUUCAACAAUGCACAUCCUGUGGAGGAGAGGAUUAAAGAUUUUGGCCAGAGCCUUCUUAUUGAUUCCGAGAAGACCAAUGGCAUUGGACCCGACGAGAAAAGCAUGCUCGAGAUCAUCGACUACGUGUCCACAGAAGGGCUGGAGAAGCUGAUGAGGACGCACCGGCUGGACGCCAUCGUGACGCCCAACAACGAUGCGAGCUCCUUCUUCGCCAUCGGCGGCAUGCCGGCGAUCACCGUGCCGGCGGGGUACGAUGAUGAGGGAGUGCCGUUUGGUAUUUGCUUCGGUGGGUUGAAGGGCUACGAGCCGAGGCUGAUCGAGAUGGCCUAUGCUUUUGAGCAAGGCACCAAGGUUCGAAGGACGCCUAGCUUCAAGGCCUAGUGUAUAAUGUACGUAUUGGCUUUGCAAGGAUUUCAAUCAAAAUGGAACUGCGUAGCCGUUUGGUUCUGGUGUCCAAUUCAUCCUUUUGUAAAAUUUGGUAGUUCAAUGCAUUGUAUGUCCAUUUGCUCAUUAUCUGUACUACUAUAAACAUUGCUAGUGGUGAUGGUGUUAGCGUCAGAUUUGGCAAAUUGCCGUUACAAACUGAAACAUGAUUAAAGACCAAAUCCGACAACAAAAGGCGAAUCGGCUGGGGAAAGAAGAAUCGGCUGGGGAAAGAAGAGUAAAGACGACACGGAUGCAGCCGAUAGAGUUUGAAUCGGAUAGGGAAUGGAGUCCGAUUGGGCCCAGAAGCUUAGGGAUAGAUUCGGUAUUAAUCAAGAGUCUGUGUAAAUUAGUUGGUUUUUAUCUUAGAGUUUGUUUAGGAUUUUAUAUUUAAUUAGAGUCUAAAUACAAUAAGUUAUUAAUACGGGUUCUUAUCCGCCAAGUUAGUUAAACCCGAGGGUAUAAAUAUGUGUGCCCAGGGUCAUUGUAUAUCAUCAAUCAGAUCAAAUACAUACCUUCGGCGCAUCGCCAAAA